CUAAAAAUACUUUAAUUUCAGGUAUACAUACGGCAAACCAGUGCAAGGUCUCUUAAAUGUAACAGUGUAUUCAAUGCACAAUUAUUAUUAUAAUUCAAGAUAUUCGAAGAAACCAAGACCAGAAAUAAAUAUCUCUCAGCAUAUAAGUGGUUGCUACAACUUCAAUAUAUCAGUUCCCGAUAUUGAACCAGACGGGAAGUACUACUAUUCUGAUAUAAAUGUAUAUGCAACAUUCGGCGAAGAUGGCGAAAUUGAUGAAGAUGGUUCAGGUACAUUUAAGGAAGACACAAAAUAUCUUUCACGGACAACUCAUCCCCUAGAACUCGAAUUUUUCGAUGGCCUGGAAUAUUAUAAGCCUGGUCUUCCUUAUAAUGGAAAGGUGGUACUACAUUUCACAAAACUAUAA